AUGGCUGCCCUUAUUCGGCGAGAUGAUCAUCAGCAGUGGGAGUCGGGACAGGCCUCGUACUGGACAGGUUCGUCGGCCAAUACAUUGGCUACGCCCUCGUCGCAGUUGUCGCCACAGGUAGACGUUCUUCCGUCGCAGGUGUUGGUGUAUGUCAGUGUGACUGUUGUUGUUAUCAGGCCUUUCGGGGGUUGUUGGCUCCGUGUUUGUCUCCCGUCUCUCGACGGCGCUGCACGCAGCGACCUCCGCACUGCCAACGGUCUUGUCCGACCUGCCAGCGGCAGACGAAGCGUACGAAAAGAGCCCGCACCCCAGCCCGCGCCUGGCCAUGACCACCCUCCUGCUGAUCAGCCUCCCCGUCGACGUCGCGUUCCUCGCGACGGUGUUCGCGUUCGGCUGGCUCCGGCUCUCCUUCCUCUUCAUGGUGCUCCAGGUCUGUUCUUCGGGUUCACGGUGCGUGGAGUUUCCCUCUUACCUUUCUCGUGUGUCGUCGGGCCUGAUGGUGGGUUUGUCGUAUCGCUCUUCCUCGCGCGGGUGACGACGGAUUUCCUGUGGACGCGCAACCUCGAUCCGGACGUGUGGGUGCUGCUGUUGAACUCGGCGCUGGUGGACCUCGUUGGGCAGCUCUUGCUGGUGUGCUGCUACGAGAUCGCGGCGCUGCUCGGCUCGCAUGUGCGGAGCUAG